AUGGCAGAAGACCAUUCGAUAAUGCCAGGACAUGGCUCCAAAGCGGACAUUAUGGACGAACCUACUGUUACGCACGCUGAGUCGAGCAUAAGUCACACCAAAUGGAAAUCUGCCAAGUCUAAAGACGGAGACACUGCGAUGGCUCUUUUCGACGACGCGGACGAAUUGCAUGAAGAAAUUGAUCCUGCUGAGGCCCGGAGGAUAUUAUGGAAGAUUGAUUUCAUGAUCCUGCCCUACCUAGCUGUGUGUUAUGCAUUCUUCUACAUUGAUAAGACAACAUUGAGUUAUGCCGCAAUCUUCGGAAUUGAAGAAGAUCUGUCACUACAUGGUACUCAAUACAGCUGGCUGAGCAGUAUCUUCUAUUUUGGAUUUCUGGCAUGGGCCUUUCCAACCAACUUCUUAAUGCAGAAGCUACCAAUCGGAAAAUACCUCGGUGCGAAUAUCUUCAUGUGGGGAGUGUUUCUCAUGAUUCAAGCAGCCUGCAACAGCUUCGCGACGAUUGCAGUACUUCGAGCUCUGGGUGGUGCCGCCGAAGCAUGUUCGGAUCCCGCGUUCAUGCUCAUAACCAGUAUGUGGUAUACACGAAAGGAACAACCAGUACGACUCGGAUUAUGGUACACCGCGAAUGGGAUUGGAAUAUCUCUCGGUGGGCUGCUGGGCUAUGCUAUCGGUCAUAUUCGAGGAAAGCUACCGUCAUGGAAAUAUGAGUUUAUUGUGAUUGGUGCUCUGUGUGCUACCUGGGGCAUUGUUAUGUUUACCUUUCUUCCUGACUCCCCUGUCACAGCUCGCGGGCUCACCAAAAGAGAGCGACGGAUCGCUGUGGACCGUAUUAGAGAAAAUCAGACUGGCGUGGAGAAUAAGCACCUAAAGCCCUAUCAGAUUUUGGAGGCUUUCAUGGAUUACAAGCUUUACAUUUUCUACGCCCUUGGAGUUGUGUGCAAUAUUCCAAAUGGUGGUAUCUCCAAUUUCGGCACCUUGAUUAUCAAAGGCUUUGGCUAUUCCACUUUGAUCACAACAAUUUUACAGAUUCCCUAUGGCUGCAUUAUUGCAAUGUCGAUCUUGACUUGUGUCUUUCUGAAUGAUCGAUUUGAGAAUCGUCGCUGUGUCUUCAUACUAAUCUUCCUCAUUCCAAAUCUUGCCGGUGCCUUUGGUCUUUGCUUUGUGCCAACACACCAACACGUUGGUCGACUUAUUUGUUACUAUCUAACCGGGCCGUAUAAUGCUGCUUUUGUGCUUAUUCUCAGCAUGCAGAUUGCCAACACCGCCGGCCAUACCAAGAAAGUGGUCACCAAUGCAGUUCUUUUCCUUGGAUAUUGCACAGGUAAUAUCGCUGGCCCAUUCUUUUAUAAGACCGAUCAAUCACCAACAUACACCCUGGGAAUUUGGUCCAUGAUUGUGUGCCAUCUUAUUGAAGCGUGUCUGAUUGUUACACUGGGUUUCCUUCUUCGAUGGGAAAAUCAGAAGCGUGAUCGUAUUCAGUCCGCAAUGGAGGGCGGACUUGAAGGCAGAGACUUGGACGCUACUGCUUUCUUGGACCUGUCAGAUCGAGAAAAUCUGAACUUCCGCUAUAUCUACUAA